UCGAUGACAGAUGUUAUGAAAACAUUUCCCCUGCAACUCUUGCGUGUAUCGUAACGAAAUGCGGCUUUCGGUGGUAAAUUUCUUCAAGAAAAGUGUAAAUGGACACAUUUUUCGUGGUAAAUAUCGUUUGGUGAAGCGCGUUACUCCUCGCGCCAUGCAAACACUGGUCCGAGAGUACGAACAAACUGAAGCCAACAUGAAGCUGCUGCUUCAUCCAUACCUGACGAAGGAACAAUCCAGUGGCCAUGCGAAGGAACUGGGUAAGAAGGAGCAGAUCGUGGCGAAAUGGCGAGAGGAACAGCUUAAGAUGAAACCGCACGUCACGAUAGCGGAACGGUUAGCACACCUGAAGGUGAAAGACGUGUGGGACUGAGUUCGAACGGCGAAACAAUUCAAAGUGUGCUCCAUUGUAAAAGGGUUUUCUUUUAUUGUACAACAAGCUUUUACAUCAACAAUACUUUUUUGAGGCAGCGUUUGCUUCUCUCUCGUGUAUAUGUGGUAACAAACAUAGUAUAUCAAUAGUGAAUAAUGUUACGAUGAAAUAGAUUAGCGUGUUUCUGCGAACGUAA